AUGACGGACGAAAAUGAAGAAUUUAACAAUAAUAUUAUAUAUAACCAAGACGAUAUUACAGAAUUAGAAGUGGAAGAGCGGGAUAGUAUUGAUAUAAAUACGCCUAGGAUUAUAAAAAGAAUCAGAGAAACGGAGGAGAGUGAUGAGGAGUGGAGUAUUGUGAAGGGAAAGGGGAAGAAAAAACGACUGCUCGAGGAUGAGAACUUACGUAGAGAAACGGAUAUCGAGGUAUAUAUUACAUGCAUUGAAAAGCUGCCCAAGCAAUUUGCUUUGGCACGGUUAUUCAAAGAAAACGGAAUUACUGAUAUAAUUAGAGUUAAAUAUUUAAAUCCUUUUAAAGUAAGGUUGCAAUUGCCGAACGAGGAAAGCGUUAAGAAAUUAAGUACCUGUGCGACAUUUAUUUCUAUGGGAUGGAGAAUUCAAAAGGCAAUGGAGGUUAACUACUCUUAUGGAAUUAUAAGAGACGUGGAGUUAGAAAUAUCUGAAGAAGAAAUUAUGAAAAAUAUAUCUUGCUCAGAUUCUACAGAAUUAAUAUCCGUAAAAAGGCUUAUGCGACGAAGUAACACGAAACAGGAAGCCUUAUGUAUAUAUCCUGUUACACAAUGCUCACAAUGUUGGAGGUUGGGUCACAUUCGCAAGUUAUGCCCAUUCAAGAAAACAAUCUGCCCCAAGUGUGGGGGGGGACACGAGAAUUGUGAUACCAAAACAUUCAAAUGUAUCAAUUGCUCUGGUGCUCACAUGGCUUUAGCUAGGUCUUGCCCUGCUUAUCUUAAAGAAAGGAAGUUGCGAGAACUAAUGGCCGAGUUCAAUUGCACAUACAGGAGGGCUUUAACAAUAUAUGUUGCGCCAACACCACAUAGAGAUAUGGACGUAAAACUUACAGGACAUAAUAACAUCCAGCAGGAGAUGUAUAAUUAUAACACACCGAAGAGGGAAGCGGCUACAACCCAGAAUGUUCCUACUUUUGCAGAAGUGACAGCCAAUGUUAUUGUGCAUAACGAAGAUAAUAUUAGUCAAUGUGAAAGUAAUGUAUCUUCGUCCCGCCGACACCAAACAAAAAAGGAGAAAAGAAAUACAGAGCGUGACACGUCAUUACAAAGUAAUAGAUUUGAACCUAAUACUAGCUAUAGUGAGGAAAAUAACAACAAAUCUUCUGGUAAAAUAUCUUUUAGUGAGCUACUUGUGAGGUUAAAGGAAGUAAUAUUUUUUAAUAAUUUUAGUUUGCAAGAGAAAGUUUACAAAGUGAUAAAAUUAGGUGUUGAGUGGUUAAUUUUGGUAACUGUAGACAAUAUCUCGGAAUGGCCAAUGUUGAAAACUGUUUUAAACUUAUUUAAUGGAUAG